GAGAGGCGUGCCAGCGGACAGAGGCAAGCGAGCCAAGGGAGGCCAGGGCAGAGGUAAGGGCUUCACGAACCUUACGUGGACUCCCGACGGCAAGGGGAACACGGCCAUCACUGCAGGCAAGGGGCCGGCUGCCGGAGCAGCCCCGGCGGACCCGCGGGCGCUGACGGGGCCGUACCUCGGCAGGGGCUCGGAGCUGGUGAAGGUCUGGUCCAUGCCGGAGGAUGAGGGCCACGAGGACGGCAUCGACGCCGCGAUAUUGAUGAAGAGCACCCUCUGCACGGGCGGCAGGGACGCGCGGCUGCUGGUCUGGCGGGGCGAGGCCGCGGCCGACGGCUCGGUGCUGCUCGCGAAGGACAACGAAGUGGUGCAUGCCGUUGCCACCACCGCCAUAGUCUUCCACGAGGAGUCCAAGUGGCUGUUCUGCGGGCUUGCCGACGGCCAGAUCAAGGCAUAUUGCGAGCAGCCUCUGAUCCAGUCGACGAUGCAAGGGCACCAGGGCCAGGUCACCUGCCUCGCGGUGCACGAGGGCGCGCUCCUCUCCGCCUCCCGCGACGCCACGCUCCGGGCCUGGAGGUACGACGCCGCCUCCCGGGGCUUCCCGUGUGCGGGCCGUGGAUUCCUGCGGGUGAGGUGUCGUCAUUACGGGUCCACCUCGGAGGGUUGUGGGUCGGCGCCGCGAAGGGCAUCAGCUGCAUCAGCCUGGAGACGAUGCAGCCAGGAUAUGGCCGGCAUCGAGACGCCGGCGCGGGUCGUGGGGCUGCUGCCUUUCCAGGACUGCCUCCUGGCCGUCCUGGCCAACGGCGUGGUCAAGGUCUGGGGGGCCCACUGA